AGCAGAUGUGAACUGCAUGCACGGCACGCUGAAACCGCUGCACUGCGCCUGUAUGGUGUCUGACGCCGACUGUGUGGAGCUGCUGCUGCAGAAGGGAGCCGAGGUCAACGCCCUGGACGGCUACAACCGGACGGCCCUGCACUACGCGGCGGAGAAGGACGAGACGUGCGUGGAGAUCCUGCUGGAGUACGGCGCCGACCCCAACGCGCUGGACGGCAACAAGGACACGCCGCUGCACUGGGCCGCCUUCAAGAACAACGCGGAGUGCGCGCGGGCGCUGCUGGAGAGCGGCGCCCGCGUCAACGCGCGCGACUACAACGAGGACACGCCGCUGAGCUGGGCCGCCAUGAAGGGCAACCUGGAGAGCGUGAGCGUCCUGCUCGACUUCGGCGCCGAGGCGCGCGUGGUCAACCUCAAAGGGCAGACGCCCAUCUCGCGCCUCGUGGCGCUGCUCGUGCGGGGCCUGGGCACGGCGCGCGAGGAUUCCUGCUUCGAGCUGCUCCACCGCGCCGCCGGACACGUGGAGCUGCGCCGCAACGGCCACAUGCCCCGCGAGGUGACGCGGGAUCCGCAGCUCUGCGAGCGGCUCACGCGGCUCUGCUCGGCGCCGGGCACGCUGAAGACGCUGGCGCGCCGCGCCGUGCGCCAGGCCGCGUUCCCCCCUCGUCCUCACGUGCCGCUCGCCCGCCUGCGUUUCCUGCGGCUCCGAUCCGCGCCGGGAGAGCGGGAUGCUCCGGUGCCGCUCGUGUUCCGGGCGGACUCGGCUCCUCCCGAGCUCUCUCCCUUGGGUUUGAGCUGCGUCCUCCCUGGACUCAACCCGUCCCCCGUUAACCCGCGGCAAAUCGGAUCCCGGCUCCUCCUUUUCCGAAGGCCCGGGGGCAGGAGGCUGGGAGAGGCUCUGCAGUGA